GCGCUGCCACGGCGACAGUUGAUACUUUACAAUCGCCGUCCUUGAGCCCAUGCUGUCUGUGGAAAUUAGCAACUGAGUUUCAUAUGACCUUACAGACUCUAUAGCAGAUAUUGAGACGGGAUCCCUGACCUUCGGCGGAUGGUAUGUUGGAUUAGCUGAGUACUAGAUUCUAUCUGUGACAGCCUUGAAGGGGGUUGUUCCAAGUUUUUAAGAGGACAGCCCAUCCCGCAAAAGCAUCUUGUAAAUCCCCUAUGUUAGAUGUAGGAAGACAACUCAUGUUUCGUAAACUGCCGCAAAGUCUGCGGAAUCGCAGGUCUCUUUCCUCUGCUCACUCACAUCUCUCCGCGGAAGAAUCAAAGACAGACUUGACCAUGCCUUCUCUAGUGAAUGGCAACCAUGCGGCUUUGGAGCCAGUGAAGCAAACUACCGUGACCUCUUCAAACGAGGUCAACACUAGCAGUUCAGUCGUCCGCACUACCAACCACUCCGAAUCCAGAUCAUCUACAGGUAUCCAAGUUACUCGUACAAUCGAGACUGCUAAAAGGGUUAGGUCAAGACUAGUCCAUGAGCUGGACGACGUAGACGAUGCCUACCUCAAGCGGAUUGAUCUCCAAGCCUACUUGGGGUACAUCGCUGACGAGCGUAUCAUCCACAUGCCCAAAAGAGGGAGUGUGUGGGAUCUAGUGUUGAAGGAGGCCGAGUUCUUCGGCCUCCAGAUCGACGAGUUUACGACUGCUGUGAAAGAUUUCGUCGUCGACAGCAUAACGAUCCGAGACACGGCAUUGGCAAGCUGCUAUCUUCUCCUUGAGCUUGGCUGUGAGCAAGCUCAAGCUCUAGAACCAACAUUCAACGCUCUGUACGAGCUCGGCCAACUUCUCGCGAAUACCCUAGAGCUUCGGUCCUUGUUCAUACUAAGCGAGGGUACUGCGUCCGCCCUAGGUGAAGUCAUCAUUGACCUCGUCCACCUCCUAGGAGACAUUACAGUAUUCUACUACCAACGUAUCAGCCGUCUCUCCAAGAACUCCGUGACCAUUGACUUUGACCGAGAGUUCGGAAGCCAAUUAGACGAAAUAUGCGUCAAGCGAGAGCGACUUGUGUCCACGAUAUGGGGUUAUAAGCUCGGCAAAAACUAUUCCGCAAACGAUGUCGCAUCGCUGCACCGAGAACUGAACGCGACUCAGACCUUCGCCAAGUCAUACCUGUACGGACGCAUCGAGGAUAAGAAGCGUCGUGUUGAAGGAACCUGUGAGUGGCUAGAAGAUGACUUGGUGGACUUUCUGGAAAGGGGCGAGAAGGUCCUCGCUGUCACAGGAAACCCCGGCUGUGGCAAGAGUAUGCUGGCAGCCUGGGCGAGAGAUCAAUUAGAGAGACCGAUUGGCCAUUUCGACCAAAAGCACCGGACUCUUUCAUACACAUUUGAUGUUGAUUACCCAGAGAAAUCAACUACCGUCGCCUUGCUGAAGAGCCUGCUCUCCCAACUUCUCGAUAUUAACAUUGGUGACACCCGCCUAUUCGAGCAGUUGUCGUCAAUUAUUUCCACGCACAAGGGCGGGCUUGAAGAGAAGGAACUUGAAUCACAUCUAUGGUCCGUGUUCGACUCAGGCUUAGCCACAGUCAAUGGCAAGGGGAUAAGCCUUGCUAUCAUCGUCGACGGACUAGAUGAGGUGGUCGGUGGAGAUGUGACUGCUCUUGAGCUAUACAAACGCAUCCACCAAAGCGUCAAGAACUUGUCCAAGAUCCGGGCUAUCACAUUCUCUCGCCCUCUUUCACACCUCGGCCAGCCUGGCUGCAGACAUCUUGUCAUCACGCCCGAACAUGUGCACGACGAUAUCCAGCUCUACCUAAUACGUGGUCUUGCGAAGCGCAGCGUCUACGCCUCCCAGAGUGAAGCAAAACAACAUGAGCUUCUCAGCCUCCUAGUAUCUCGCGCGAGAGGCUCGUUCCUGUUUGCCUACUUGUCCCUUCAAAUUCUUAACACUGACGUUAAGUUUGAUUCGUUCAAGCAGCUGGUCGAGGGCAUCAAGCCGGACUCCAACAAGAACCACGAGAGCCUCCUCAAGGAGCUUUUCGGAAAAGUCAACUUGAAGGAUGGGCAUAUUAGCCAUCUCUUGACGUUCAUGUUGGCAGCUGAGCGGCCGCUGCAAGUCGUGGAAGCUGAAUACUUAUUGGGCGUCGAUGUGACAAAGCGGACAGUUUCAACGAAAGUCAACCUACGCAAAGUGUUGACUGCGGCUAAAGGGCUCCUAGUUGAGCACAAGGGCUACGUCCGCUUCAAACACAGCGUCGUGCGAGGCUAUACCCAGGGGCUUUGUGGCUCGUCACUAAUAUCUCUGAGAGAUGCGCAUCGACUGCUAGCUAUGACACUGCUGUUAUUCGCCAGACACACACUGACCCAGCCAUGCGAGCCAUCGUUUGAAAUUAUGAGCCCAGAAAUCGUUGACCAAGCGUUCGAAACUCAUCCUGCCAUGCAAUACGCUGUACGCUACUGGGUCACUCACAUCCAGCAUUCCUCCCUCAUCAACGCAAAGGGUGAUUUGACGCUGUCGCCACAUUUCAAGGACAUCCUUCCUGAUUCCACCUUUUUCGUAAUGCUGGAAUGGUCCAGCUGGCAGAUGCAGCCCCUGACAAAGGCUAUCAAUCUACACGAACUCGCGCUAAAGGUUCGAACCGCAUGCUUUGGAGAGAAGAAUCGUACGGUUCUGCAAAGCCUCAUCGUCAUUGGUACUCUAUACAGAACGCAGUCGGAGGUGAUCAAAGCCGCCGACUUCUUCUAUCGAGCUUCGACUAUUGGACAGAAGAUUCUCUACAAAUUCAGCCCGCUAGUCGUUACCUGCACAUCUGUCUUCCUGACCUGCACCCAGGAGAUCACCUACACUAAGCGGACCACUAUCGUCACCCACCGCGAAGAGAUGAUCCGCUUCUACAUCGAGGUGUGCAAAGGCCAAUACGGCGCGCAUUCCGACCACGUCAUCCGCUGGUAUGAAGCACUCGUGAAGCUCUAUCGAGACAUUCAAGAGGAGCACAUGGCCGCCGUCGUUCUCAAGGAAUACCACGAGCUGAUCAUCACCCGCUUCGGCCGCGGAUCCAAACAAGAGCGCGGCAUCGCCAGGGAACUGGCCGGGAUGAAGGUCGUCCUGAAGAAGGGGCAGGUCCAAGAAAGCAAGGACCAGUACGACGAGCUUCUCCUGGAAGCGACCGAGGAAAUGGAUUUGACUGAUGAGUUGCGGUUGACCAUUAUACUAAGUCUGGCCAAGACGUACGAAUCCCGGCACGAGUUCCUCUAUGCGGAGAGACUCUACGUUGCCCUUUGGAGCCGUGUCUGCACUGCUUGCCGUCAAAAUGCAACUGUGGAGCUGCAGCUCAUACUGCUCAAUAUUGCGCUGGAGUAUAUCCACUUCUUGCGCCGCCUCAAGCGCGAAAGUGAGGCUUGUAAUAUCAUGGUCUGCGUCUGGGCCGAGUACGAACAUCGCUCGUUCGAGUCCAAGGCAGUAGUGCUCCGGCUCAAGGAGUUUUCUGUACUAUUCCGACAGUUUGGACUCCUCUGCGUGUCUAUCUCGAUCCUCAAGCGAGCAUGGGGGUGGUUUAAAGAGCACAAGAUGAUUGAGACUGAAGAGGCAUCAGAAACCUCGACUACUAUCACUGAGGUCGUGGAGGAAAUAACUGAGACGACCACGGAAGUAACCACUACAAUGACAGAGACAGAGACCAUCACGCGGGAGGUCUAUGAGACUACCUACACGCGAGCGAAGUCUGGCAAAGUCGAUCACCGCUUCUUCAAGGCUUCCUUAGCCUUGGUCAACCUUCACCUAAAACUCGAGCGGUGGUCCGAAGCCGAAGCCGUCCUUCGACAGUCACUAGAACUCGUGUGGAAGGGUGUUCUCACCGUCGACAGCAAACUUACGCUUGAAGGCAGCUACAUCUCCGAGACUGUAACGACUGCCACCCGCCUUGCCCUAUGCUACCACCGCCAGAGGAAAUUCGACCGGGCAGAGCAGAUUUACGUUCGCGUCUGGGGGGCCUGCCUUUCAUCCUUGAAGGCGGAUGACUUAGCACUUAGCGAAAUCACCGCGAACCUCGUAUCAUUCUACAGGGAGUACCAUCGCCACCAGAAGAUUAUCGAGAUAUACGUACAGCUCCUUCAACACUAUCGCAAGCACGUUGGGGCAACGCACAAGUUGACCAUCGAUGUCCUGUACCAACUAGCGUCUACGUAUCAGCUCCUCGGUUCCAAAGAGGCGUACGAUUACUAUGCUGAGAUAGUGACUGUCCACACCCGCAGCGGUGUAUGCCACCAAGAUGCGUUCAACGCCGCGGGCAUCGUGAUCCAGUUCUACCGCGAAGAAGGGCGCUGGUCCGAUCUCCAGAAGCUCUGCGUCGUACUGUGGGAAACCAUCACGAAGCACCACCACGAAAGCGCGAUCUCGGAAGAGUUCGCGAAGCUAGUGUACGAGAAGUACCGGUACGUCCUCGAGUUCCAUGCGAAGGCGGGGUUCUCGGUGCUCUACAAGCUCACGGUCGAGUACCGCGAGACGGUCAGGGCGGUCUUCGGGGUCUCGGUUGCCAUGUACCUGACGGCCCUAAUCGCGCUCGCAGAGAUCUGCGAGAAGAGCGAGGAACACCACCUCGAGUCCGUGACGAUCUACGAAGAGGUCAUCACGAAGGCUAAGACGGUGACGACGCUCACGGAGACAAAGGUCCAGACUUACAAGAAGAGGCUGUCUACGCUCUACGUUACCAUCAUCACGAGCGGUAAGAAGACUGAGACGUCGACGGUGGAGCGUGCCAUCGCCGUAUGCUCGGAGACCUACGAGCAUUUCAAGCUCCAGGUUGGCUGGUGGCACGAGACGACUCUUCUAAAGCUUCAGGAGUUAGUACUAAUACACAGCAAACUCAACACCGAAAAAUCACGCACCACCAUCGUCAACCUCCUCCGCGAUAGCGCCAUCAAGAUCAUCAGCACCGCCACCGUCGCCAUGGACCUCUACCAAGCCGCGCUCACCCUCUCCACCCUCUACAAGACCGCGAAGCUCGAGCCCUCGGGCCACGAACUGCUCCGGCAACUCCAAGUCCUGAUCCUCUUCCCCGGCUUCGACAUCUCCGAGCAACAAAUCACCAUCAAGCUCGACCCGAAGCUUACCACCAAAGCCUCCCUCGUCUUCCUUGUCGCGCUCGAGGAGGGCCUGCGCCACGCAAACGGGAAACCGAGCCAAAACCAGCUCAUGGCGGACCUGCUGCUCGAGACGCUCCUGUACGCGCAGUACGUCUCCGCAACCAGCACCGAGCUCGUCCUCGAGCACACCGCGCGCCUGCGCAGCCUCUGGGUCCUCCGCGGGCGCACCGCCUUCGUCGCCGCGCUCGACCGGAAGAUCUUCGCCGUCUUCAGCUCGCGGCACGCCGAGAUCCUCGGCUCCUCCGCCAACGACAAGAACGCGGCCUUCGGCUUCUACCUCGCGCUGCUGGCCGAGCUCGCCGGGCCCACGACGGUCGACUUUGCGCUGGCGGCCGUCAGAGCCGUCAACGCCGCCGUGACGGUGGCGGUGAAGAAGAAGGAGGAGGACCUCGCGCGCGCACUCGCCGUCGCCAAGUGCGGCUUCCGCUUCGCGAGCGCGCAGCGCUUCUACCACCACCAGCGGUGCGGCGUCGUGGGGUACAAGCUGGCCGAGCUGCUCGCGGGCCGCGGGGUCCCCGGCUGGAAAGCGGCGGACGCGGCGGCGAGGGAGGCGAUGCUGGCGACGAGCCGGGUGGUGUUGGAGACGGUGUUCGCGGCGUUCCGCGAGGCGGGGGUGGAUCUUGUGAGCUUGCGGUUUGAGGAUCUGUCGAGGCUUGUUGCGCUGCUUGGGGAUCAGCAGAAUUAUGGGGAGCUGGAGACCCUCCUAACCUCCCUCUGGCGCUCCCGCGAAGUCCAGCGCAGCUGGUCCCCGCUCCUCGUCCUGCAAAUCGGACACCUCCUCAUCGACGCGCACGUCGGCGCCUUGCACGCCGACAGCGCCGCCGCCCUCGCCGACAUCCUGUACUACAACGUGCGGCAGUCGCGCGGCGGCGCCGACCCCUACGCCCUCGCUUUCGCGGACAAGUUGUCGGUGCUGCUGCUGGCGGGGGGGCGGAGGAGGGACGCGGCGAGGAUACAUGUGGGUGUUUUGAGGGACUUGGAUGAUUAUCGUAGGGGUGGUGGGACAGGAGGAGGAGGGGAGAAGGAGAGGCUGCGCGCGGCGGCGGACUUCCACCUCGAUGGCCUUCGGCGCUGCGGAUGGGCGGCUCGGCCGGAGGGGGCGCGGACCGUGAAGACGCUGUAUGAGCGGUUGGCGCGGCGGUACGGCGGGUUGACGGUGCAGCCGGUGGAGAAGUGGGUGGCUGUGGAUGCGAAGAAGGAUAAGGAGGUAAUGUACAAUGUUGGGGCGGCGGCCUGGAGCCUCGAUGUCGAGAAGAAGGAGACGGCGAAGCGGGAUUGGAUUGCACCGGCUAAGGAGCGGUGGGGCUGGUUCCCGAGGACGAGUACUACUACGAUGACGACCAAGACGGAGGAGGUUGUUGCUGUUGCAUAAUUGCAUGGUUACGUAUGCCUAUACUUGAUGGUGGUAAGUUUCCGGUGUGAAUGGCUGUAUGAUGGCGGAUUGGAAAAGCGACUGGGUCUGAAUGGUACGAUAUGGGAUGCGAUGCCAGAUGGAUGGCAGGUAAUGAAUGUGGUAAUGCUCUGGCGGGUAUAUCACACCCUCACUCUCGCUCUUUCAUGGCAUGGAUAUUAUCAUGUAUUGUCUCCUUGAUGUCUUUUGUACCAGAUAUACCUACUUACUCACCUACCCCCUUUAACCCCUCUU